GGCGGCGCCUUCCGGUCGUCCUGCCCCCGGAGAGGAGAGGCGGAGGGAGGCCGCCAUGGCCCUCCUGCCCCGGGCCCUGCGCUGCCGUCCGCUCGUGGCCGCUCGGCCUUGGAGAAGCAGACCCCUGAGCUCCGGGCGGGCGCCCGCCCAGGACGACCCCCGACCGUCCAUGCUGCGGCACCUCCUGGCCAAAGUCAAAGCCACCGGCCCCAUUACGGUGGCCGAGUACAUGCGCGAGGCCCUGACCAACCCUGCCAAGGGAUACUAUGUGCAUCAUGACGUGCUGGGCGAAAAGGGAGAUUUUGUAACUUCACCUGAAAUAAGUCAAAUCUUUGGCGAGUUACUAGGGAUAUGGUACAUCAGUGAAUGGAUGGCGGCUGGAAAAAGUUCAACUUUCCAACUGGUGGAGCUGGGCCCAGGAAGGGGCACUCUGACGGGUGAUAUUUUACGGGUAUUUAAUCAGCUUGGGUCUGUUCUGAAAAACUGUGACAUUUCUGUCCACAUGGUAGAAGUAAGCCAAAAAUUAAGUGAAAUCCAAGCCUCCACACUGACCGGAGAAAAAACGCCAUUAGAGCGUGAUGAUGGCUCUCCGGUCUACAUGAGCGGGGUAACGAAGACAGGGAUCCCAAUUAACUGGUACAGGGAUCUGCAAGAUGUGCCUCAAGGCUACAGCUUUUACUUAGCACAUGAAUUUUUUGAUGCUCUACCAGUGCAUAAGUUUCAGAAGACACCACAGGGAUGGCGUGAAAUUUUCAUUGAUGUGGACCCACUCGUUUCUGACAAACUCAGGUUUGUCUUGGCUCCUUCUUCCACUCCUGCAGAACUCUUCAUACAGAAAGAAGAAACAAGAGAUCACGUGGAAGUGUGCCCUGAUGCGGGUGUGAUCGUCCAGAGGCUUUCUCAGCGUAUUGAAGAGACAGGUGGCGCAGCACUAAUCGCCGAUUAUGGUCACGAUGGAACCAAGAUGGAUACCUUUAGGGGCUUUCAGGGCCAUAAGCUUCACGAUGUCUUAACAGCCCCAGGAACGGCAGACUUAACAGCCGACGUGGACUUCAGCUAUCUGCGUAGAAUGAUACGGGGAAAAGUGGCUUCUUUGGGACCCAUAAAACAGCAGACGUUUUUGCAAAAUAUGGGUAUUGACGCCCGGCUGAAGGUUCUGUUGGACAACGCAAGUGAUCCAUCUCUGCGACAGCAGUUACUCUGUGGUUAUGACAUGCUGAUGAACCCCGCCAAGAUGGGAGAAAGAUUCCAUUUUUUUGCUCUGUUACCUCAACACAGACUUCCGGGAGCCAGUAACCAGAUUCAUUCAAGUCACUCAAAAUCCCUUCCACCACCUGUUGCUGGCUUUGAAGAACUUUCCUGGAAAUAAGGUGUCAGUUGGGGCAUUUCCUUCCUUCCCCAGACAGAUCUACUAAAGAAAUCACACCGAAAAGAGCACACUUGGUAUAGAUAUACCGAAGGGACCUGUUUGGGGGGAGAAAAGUUAAACUAUUAAACACCUAGUGGAUUUCAAUUAAGCCAGUUCUGGAAUGGCUCGUGGCUCUGAGCUAAACGAACGACCCACAACUCCAGGAAGGCAAAGGAAGGAAUGGCCCUCAUCCAGUCCAACUGUGAGUGAAAGUCUUAGCGUGCCAGAUCUCCAACUGGACUUAUGACAGGUCUCCGAAAGUGGCCACGGAGACUCUCCCAAGCGCUAGUAGAGUGCUCUGCGCAUAGUCAGGGCUCAGCACAUACCACCGAAGACGACACAGAUCCCUCACUUGUGUGGGAAAGCAAAAACGGCAUCUUGACGACCCUUUAACUCUUCCAAACCUCCCGCAACUACUUGCUCUCUCCCUGCAAGACUUGUUCCCUGACACAAAGCUCCAUUUGCUCGUGAAGAGAAGUUAUUGUGAAAGAGAAUUUCCACUAAACAAUAAGACUACUUUG